GGAGUUCUGCUAUUUCAAAAGAAUGCUCCGCUAUUUGAAAAGGGAGUUCUCCUAUUUGAAAAGAAUGCUCCGCUAUUUGAAAAGGGAGUUCUGUUAUUUGAAAAGAAUGCUCCGCUAUUUGAAAAGGGAGUUCUGCUACUUGAAAAGAAUGCUCCGCCAUUUGAAAAGAGAGUUCUGCUACUUGAGGAGGAAGUUCCGCUAUUUGAAAAGGGAGUUCUGCUAUUUCAAAAGAAUGCUCCGCUAUUUGAAAAGGGAGUUCUGCUAUUAGAAAAGAAUGCUCCGCUAUUUGAAAAGGGAGUUCUGCUAUUUGAAAAGACAGUAUCGUUAUUUGAAAAUGGAGUUCUGCUAUUUGAAAAGAAUGCACCGUUAUUUGAAAAGGGAUUUCUGCUAUUUGAAAAGAAUGCUCCGCUAUUUGAAAAGAGAGUUCUGCUACUUGAGGAGAAAGUUCCCCCAUUUGAAAAGAGAGUUCUGCUGUUUGAAAAGAAUGCUCCGCUAUUUGAAAAGGGAGGUCCGCUAUUUGAAAAGAAGUUUCCGCUAUUUGAACAGGGUGUUCUGCUAUUUGAAAAUAUUGUUCCGCUAUUUGAAAAGCGAGUUCUGCUAUUUGAAAAGAAUGCUCCGCUAUUUGAAAAGGGAGUUCUCCUAUUUGAAAAAAAUGCUCCGCUAUUUGAAAAGGGAGUUCUGCUAUUUGAAAAGAAAGUUCCGCUAUUUGAAAAGGGAGUUCUGCUAUUUGAAAAGAAUGCUCCGCUAUUUGAAAAGGGAGUUCUGCAACUUGAGGAGGAAGUUCCUCUAUUUGAAAAGCGAGUUCUGCUAUUUCAAAAGAAUGCUCCGCUAUUUGAAAAAGGA